CCUCCGGGCGUCAGUGACGUGCACUUCGAGAGCGGGACCUGCCCUCCCGUCGCCAUUUUUUCGUCUCGUACUGGCACCCGUCGGCGACCGCGUCGAGCGCGAAGAAGAGCAAAGUAGUGCAGAAAUACGUCCCCGUGGAAUACUAGCGACGCGCGCGCCACCACUCCGGUGUCACGUGAUGACAUGCACGCGCACGUGCCGAGCCGCUGUUGUGAAAUCGUCUGUGGUGUGAAGACGACGUGUGGCGGGCCGCCAUUUUUCUGCUCCGCCGCCUCCAAAGUCCGCUCCGACUCGAGACGGGGGCUUCGAGUAGGCCUUUCCGCGACGCGUGUGUCGAGGAGCUUCUGCUAAGUCAUUUUUUCCCAGCGGCGACGUUCAGCCGACAUGAGGAAUUAUCAGAGGAACAACUGAGGCCACUUCUCCAACCCCCUCCUCCUGUUCUCAGAACCGACACUGACCGAAGGAGAUAAAUUACCAGACGAGAAUCUUCCGGUGUCUUCUCGGAAGGAGGAAGCAAAAGGGGAAUCUUCAUUCAUUGUUUUUUGGUUUGGUUUGGUGUUAGUUUUUUGUUGUUUUUGUCUUUCUUGACCAAUUUGACCGAGCCUGCUAACUACAGGAACCACAGCAUGGUCCAAAGUUGGCUCGGACCAGCCUGUUUGUGAGCUCGUCUGGUACGCUAGUUUGCUGCUGGUGGUAAGGGGCAGGGGGGUUUCUCUGAAGAGCGACACCGUCCAUAGGUGGAGGCUCGAACCACCUGCCCUGCAACCUCCCAAUUUGCAGUGAUCUUCCAUCUUCCUACCGAGCCCAGUUUGUUGCUUUCUCGCGUGGAGACUGAAUUUAACUUAUUUUUAGACAGAGAUGUCCACUGCUCGCUUUGACUCAUCUGAUCGUUCAGCCUGGUAUUUUGGACCCGUGUCCCGCCAAGAGGCACAGAAUAGGUUACAAGGACAAAGGCAUGGCAUGUUCCUGGUCCGAGACUCGUCCACCUGUCCUGGGGACUAUGUGCUGUCGGUUUCUGAGAACUCCAAAGUGUCUCACUAUAUCAUCAACUCUUUGCCCAGCAAGAGGUUUAAGAUCGGAGACCAGGAGUUUGAGCACCUGGCCGCCCUCUUGGAGUUCUACAAAAUCCACUACCUGGAUACGACCACGCUGAUCGAACCAGCUCCCAGGUACCCAAGCACAGUGAGCGGUCCGAUCCAGCCCUUUGGCGGCCAAGAAGACAACGUGGAGUAUGUUCGGACUCUAUAUGAAUUUACUGGCAGCGACGCCGAGGACCUUCCAUUCAAGAAGGGCGAGAUUCUCAUCAUCCUCGAGAAGCCUGAGGAGCAGUGGUGGAGCGCCAAGAGCAAAGACGGUCGCGUCGGCAUGAUCCCCGUUCCCUACGUGGAGAAAUUGGUACGACCCUCGCCCCACCCGGGCCAGCCGACCAUGGGCUCCCGCAAUUCCAACAGCUACGGCAUCCCCGAGCCUUCGCAUACCCUCGUCCACGCCUACGCCCAGCCCCAGACCCCGUCGCCACUGCCUCCGGGCACUCCCGGAGCCGUCAACAUGCCGCUGUCGUCCUUGCAGAAUGGACCCGUCAUGGCCAAAGCCAUCCAGAAGCGAGUGCCCUGCGCCUAUGACAAGAUGGCUCUUGCUUUGGAGGUGGGCGACUUAGUCAAGGUGACGCGGAUGAACAUCAACGGUCAGUGGGAGGGUGAGGUGAACGGACGUAGGGGGCUCUUCCCAUUCACCCACGUGAAAAUCCUAGACCCCCAGAACCCGGAUGAGAGUGACUGACUGACCUAAGAGUCGAGCUCCUGGCCUGGGCUGAGCUGUAUGUGAGUCCCCCCCCCCCCCCCCCCCCGUCUACCACCCACUAGUGUCACCGUGUGGUUUUCCUGCUUGGAGCUGGAUCAUGAAAACUACCCCCUGGGCCCCCCUCCUCUUUUUCACUUUUUGCCACUGCUGUUGCCAACUGCUGCAAGGCUUUGACUGUUUCCAUCCUCGGAUCCAUCCAAUCUCACCUCCCUGACGAGCAGUGUUCGUACACCGGGUCCCAUUUCAUUUCUCCACCUCCAGUGUAUAUUUAGCACAUGACAUGUUUUGAAUGUGUGUUUGUUGUGAUUUAUUUGUACAAAAUGCGGGGGGGGGGGGGCAGUGAAGCAAUGGAAUCUUUUCUUGACGCAAUUUGAGUCCUUCUUAACCUUAAUUAAGCACCCACACGGCUGCCUAAAGAGUUCAUGUGUAUCCAUUGCUAAUCCCAAUCGACGUCAAUUUGUAUCACUUGCGCCACCUGGGCAACACUUCAGUCUCAUUUGUGAUGGACAUGAUGUAUGUUGGCGGGGGUCUCUUGGCUUGUCUCCGAGCGCACGUUUUAUGCGUUCGGGGUGAGCCCCGCAAGCUAACGCCGCCGAGCUUUGUGACUGGGGAACCGCCCCAAACCAAACUUUGCUCAUAAUAUAUAACAAACAUCAGCUUGCUGUGUCAUAUUUUGUCAUGAAUUGAAUACGGCCUUCAGAGGACUAGAAACUAAAACGUUUCCCCUCCCCCUCCACUAUUUCAAGUGUGACAUGAUGUGGAGGUGCAGGUGAGAAACAGACACCCCCCCCCCCCCAAGUUUCUGUAAGAGCCCAUAAAUGCCUUGUUUCUGUGAGAGCAUGAUAAAUGCCUCAAUUGUUGCAUUCAGUGUUUUUGUUGUUGUUUUUUAAUGUUACACCUCCUGGUCUAGGAUUUUAAUUAGCUGUUUUUUUUUGUUUUUUUUAAUCGUGGGCCUGCGCAGCAUUUGAUCUCUUUAUGCAAGCUGCCUCAUGUCAGUUUUGUUCAUUCUAUUUUAACUGGAGGAGGUCCCGCACACUUGGCAUAUCUGCUGUAAAAAUAAUGAUGACCUGCCUUUUUGUCAGCUUCCCCCCCAAAAUCUUUUUUUUUUUGUGAGAUGAGUUGCUGUGACUGAUUGAGUGAUGCUGUUAAAUAAAAGGGAAACAAGGAGACGCUUGUGGCCACAUGCCGCUUUGUGUCGGUUAUAUCUUCACUGUUAUUUUAUUUUUUUUCCUUUUACAGCCUCGCGGCGUUCACACUUGAUCAAGUCUACGAAUUAAGCAAUACAACCCGAUUGUCAAUGACCCUCCCCGAGGUGAACCUCUCGUGCUUCUGAGCUGUUUUUAAUGGCAUUAACAGUAUUACUGUGUCCCCAGACUCCUAGGAACGCCUGUGUUUUACUUAAGGAUUAAGAAUUGUGCCUUUUAUUUUCUUCAACCAUUGACACGUGUUAAUAUUUCCCAUGGUUAACACCUGUGCCGGUAUUGACCCUUUAUGUACAGAACAAAUAAAUAAAAUUGACAUCUACUA